UUUUUUUUUUUAUGGAAGCCAACAAACUUUCUGUCCUAUCUCUCAAUUGUUGGGGACUUUAUUUAGUUUCAAGAAAACGCAAGUUUCGUUUGGAAGCCAUUGCAGAAGCCAUUCGUCAAUUAUCGUGCGAUAUUGUGACUCUACAAGAAAUAUGGGUUUAUCAAGACUUUAAUCAUCUCAAGAAUCAUGUAUCAACCGAACUUCCCUAUGCUAAAUACUUUUACAGUGGUGCUCUUGGCAGUGGCCUGGCUAUUCUAUCAAAAUACCCUAUUACAUACUCAUCUUACUUUCGUUAUACGCUUGCAGGACGGCCAUUGAAGGUAUUCCAUGGUGACUACUAUGUAGGAAAAGGUUGUGCUUCUGUGUGUCUUGAACAUCCUCUUGUUGGCGUUAUCCAAGUCUUUACUACACAUUUACAUGCUGGUUAUGGGAAAUCUGAUGAAUAUCGAGGACAUCGAAUAACCGAGUCUUGGGAAUUGGCCAAUAUAUUACGAUCUGCAGCAGCUCAAGGAAGACAAAUCAUAGCGACUGGUGAUUUUAAUAGUACCCCUACAAGUUACAACUAUCGACUUUUGAAAGAACACGCGUUUAUGACAGACUCAUGGCUGGAGACACAUUUAGAUAGUCAACAACAGAAUUGGCAACAAACAGAAAACGAAGAUUUGGAUGAUUUUAUUCAACGCUUUGGAAUUACUUGCAACUCAUCUUCAAAUACUUGGUCUAAACAUUUCAACCCUCAACCUCAUAAACGAAAGGCAACUGGAGAUCGUUUGGAUUAUAUCUUUUACCGGCGUACACCUCAAAUGAUAUGCACUGAUUCUUUCGUUACAAUGACAAAACUUAUUCCUGGAUCAACAGUUAGUUAUUCUGAUCACUUCGGUGUUCAGUCUAAUUUUAUUCUUAAUGGUGAUGAUGAUUUCUCUAAACAUAACGGUUACAUGAAUAAUCAUUAUAAAACUAUAUCUACAACAUCAAACGCAUCCAUGUUACCGCCAUCAACAAGAUAUCCUUCUAUUUCAACAUCACUUUCCCAUCCUACCUAUACAGCACUUGACUUGACAACAGUACAGGAACUUAUUUUAUUGUUACAAAAGGAUCAAUUGACAAUGCAGCGCAUGGCACAUCGUUUACUACGGACUUUUAUCUCUCUGGUGGUGAUAGUUCUUGCAUUAUAUGUUGCAAUUGUGAUUGUUCCCUAUCGUGUUUCUGUGAAUCAAUUUUUAUCACAUAAUGGUGAUGGUCAUCAUCAUGAUAUGCUUAUUGUGUGGUUACUACCUUUACUUCUUGGUAUUCCUCUUAUUAUCUGCUCUGUCCUUGCCAUUGUAUGUCUUAUUGUUGGUUUUGUUUUCGGUUAUGGUGAACAUCAAGCUAUGCAUCAAUUUGUUAUAGAUCUUCAGACGCUACUUCAUGGUCUUCAAUUACGCAACAAAGAUUCGACAAUCUCAUCAUCAUCUCCAACCACUCCAUCUCAAUUAGUAGAAACGUUGUAGUUUAGUAAUAUUAUUAUUUUCAUUACAGUGUAUGUGUAUUUGUAUUAUAUAUAUAUAUAGAUUUACUGUAGAUAAUUAUUUAUAUUGUCACUGUUGUAUAUUGACUUUUUAAUAAACUGAU